GAAGCGGUGGAAGUGCAAGUGACUGGGAAAAAAGGUGUUGUGGGUGACCAAUGUGGGUGGGACCCACUGAAAAUGGCGAAUCUACUGGAUGAAAUGUGUCGUGGAGAGGUGAAGACAAAAGGUGCAGGGGAAGAUGUUGUGCUGGGCGACUUUACAACGGUCAGAGCGAUGAUCGAACGCGUUCUUCGCAGGCACUUCAAUCAAUGCAAAGAGGAGCGGCAGAUGCUAAUUUGUGCUGUUUUUGCAAUGGUUCUUAUAGCAGUUCCCGUACUUCUGCACCGAUUCCUAUUGUUGGCACCCAUUCUCAUGACAUUGUGCACGCUUGUUGCUGGGGGUUUUGUUUUCCUCUUGGCACCAGCUCGACGUGAGAUCGUAUCCGAGGAAGCUCGACAAUGGUGUGUAGCAGCUGUGAAACACGUCCAGCACUGUUCUGAGUCUGUGAAUGAAGAAGAAAGUCGUGCGCAUCAAAUCUCUACCGCGAGCGCUACGUUGAAGGAACGGAUCGCAGCCCUUCUGGAUCGUCCUCACUACAGCAUGCUGACCGCUCUCGCAGCUGGCUUACCAGUACGCACAAUCGUGACGACGAACUUUGAUACUUUGGCCGAAAAAGCGUGCGAGGGAAUCUCUGUCAAGGAUGACAUCGCCUUACGGAAACUAUUGAAAAGUCAGGGAAGGACAACGACUAAGAAGAAAGUAGUUGGAGUUGGAACUGGAAGACAGGCAGCGACUCAGGAGGUACAACAUCAGGAACUUUCUACCUCUACGCCCUUUUUUCGCGGUAAGCCGUUCCGACGGAAAGCCUUCACCCACAUUUUUGCGACAAAUGAUAGUGUGGCGGGGGGAAGUGAAACACGCCGAAGACAAAAUGAUAGUAUUACCGGGGGAGACCAAGCUCAGCAUCAACAUGAACAUCAACAUCAACAAGGUAAGGUCCCCCACCUCGACGCAUCAACAUCAACAAAGGACCCACUACAACUGCAACCUCUACCUCUAGGACCUACAACUGCAACUACCUCUAGGACCGAAUCAUCAUGCAGAGUGAUUUUGCCUCCUUCUUUAUCCGUCUUGCCUUACCAGCCAGUGAAAGGAGCACGCAGAGUGGUGAUGAAGCUUCAUGGGUGCAUCUCCAGGCCUGAGGAGUUGGUUAUCACCACUUCGGAUUACGCAGUCUAUGAGAGCGGACGCAUGAAAGCCUUAGGUGGUUUUCUUCAGGGCAGUCUCAUGACGUCGCACUUCUUGUUCUUGGGGUUUAGCAUGACAGAUCCGAACUAUCUAAGGAUGCUUGCGGAAGUUCGAGAAGCACUGGCUGGAAGCGGGAGUACUAGUACUGAAGGAGCGAAGCCGAGUGAAAAUGAUGAUCUUGUUGCCCACGCAUUCGCUACAACUAAUAGUAUACGCAGCCACCAGGAGGCGACCUACAAGAAUCGUUUAUCAGCUUGUGGAAUGGCGACGACCCUGAGCAUCGAUAGUUGGGGUGUACGAGGAACACAAGGUCCACUGAGCGUCAACUCUUUGGGUAUGCAUCCGGAAGAUGGUGAUGUUUUCGGCGUCGAAGGAUCCGACAAGAAAUCCGAAAAAGAGAAAACAGAAACUAAUACCACUAAGAGGUUUUCCUACCCUAUGAUUCUCGAAGCGGCACGCUGCCAAGAGGUGUUUUUAGAUCUGGUUUCUCUCCUAGGUUCAGCGCAACACAGUGCCCGCUUUGUGUUGGAUGACCGGUUUGAUUCGGUCUUGUCGAAUGCGGAGCGUGAGUUUAAAGAAGGAAUGCUACGUGCGUUUGGCGGGCGUGCUUUGGAUGAUAUAGACCACGGUACAGACCACAACAAGGAUACCACGCCACAAAUCUUCUCAGCUGAGGCACAGUCAACUCAUGGAUACCAAGAGGUUGUACGUAUGAUGCGUCAAUUGGGGUUCGAUAAAGAAGUAGGGGGUCGUAUAGCAGGGCAUUAUGGAACAAACAGAGAGGACCACUUCACUUGAUGAAAACGUAUUGGUAUUCUCUUAGGUACUCAUGUUUUAUUAACUACAAUGGAAAAAUUCCAACCGUAUCAACAUCAUCCUGUGCUGGUGAUCAUGAAACUAUUGUGAUGAAGAAUUUUCAAAAUUUCUAAACUUCUUGUAUCCCUCCACUUAUUUUACAGGGUAGUUGCUCAAAAAUCGUGUGUUUGACGCUUUGCCCGUUUGAAAAAGAGGAUCCUGAG